AUGGCCAAAAAGAAAGUUACCCAUGCCCAAUCUCAAUCUCUCGACCACAAGACAUUAACCCCACCACCAACCACCAUUGAUGACUCUUCUGUUCAGAUUCAGAAUCUCAAGAACCUUAACACCGUUCUUCUCAAAGAAACCACCGACCACAGAAACCGCACUCAGUCGCUUCUCCAUUCAAACCAGGCCGCCAUGGAAGUCGAAGCUCAAAUCUCUGAGGUUGUUGAGGAGAGGGAUGAGACCAAGUACGAGUUGGAUCUUCAGAAGGAGAAGGUGAAUGACCUUGUGUUGAGUCUCAAGAACGAGAAGCGGAAUAUGGAGAAGAUUAGGUUGGAAGUCGGGCAUCUGUUGGAGGAAAAACUCGAGAGAGAAAGAAGGGUUGAAGAGCUUGAAAAGGGUAAAGAUUUGGCUGUGAAGAAGUCGGUUGAAUCGGAGAAGGUAAUUGAAGAGUUGAAGAAGAAGAGUGUUCUAUCGUUUUUUUUAUUUUCUUUAUUUUUAUCUUUUAUUCGUUUACCUUUUUUUUAA